AUGGCACCGCGACUGGCUUUCAUGGACCUUUCGGUCGAUAUCAAGACGUUGAUCGUCCAGCAUAUCAACCGCCCAACCGACCUCAAGAACGUCUGCCUCACCUGCAAGCAACUCCACGAGAUCGCCGUUCGUCAACUCUACUACGAAGUGACCCUCGAUGUCGGUUCAUCCCACGAUACCCGCCUUGCGGCCUUCCUCAGCCCUAAGAACAUUGGCCUACAACAUGUCCGGAAACUAGACCUCUACCUCGCGGACGUUCUGGAUAAAUGCAAUCAGCAGCAACAAGCCAACUUUGCUAUCCGCAUGAUCUUGGAACUGCUUCCGGAGAACCAGCUAGAGAAGUUCUCGUGGCAUCCGUGGUCUCCGUUUUCGGGUGACAACCUGGUGUUACUGUACAGGAAACAGAAGCGCAUGCGAUGGCUGGAGAGCAUUUCGCUCGACCGCAAUGUUCUUCCCGAACUCCAGAAGCUGCCGAACAUUGAGGGGUGCUUCAAGGAAGUACGCAAGCUUGGAUUGUACCCAGAUUCACGGGAGGUGCUAGACUUUUGUCACUUCUUGCUGAAGAACGUGGCUGGUCGCAAACUGGAGAAGAUUACGCUGCAUGCGAGCUUCGAUGAGAUGGAUCCGACUGUCACGACGCGCGAACUAAACGAUACCGUCAAUGAGCCUGGACUCAUAACCUCGACCAUGUUCAGCCACAUGCAGCCGUUCGCGAAGUGCACGCCAAUCGCACUUAACGAGAUCACGCUGCAGAAGUUACAUUUGCGCUACGCAGCAGAGACAUACUGCAAGUUAAUCGACUUCCAGUCCAUCAAGAGCAUCCGCAUAUUCGGCUGCUCCGGUGCUGACGCCCUCUUCGCCGAACUCAGCAAGAGCACAAAGCUCCCUGAUAAGCUAGAAACCCUCGAGUUCAAACACGACGAUAACGCCGAGAAUGAUGGUCUAGGCGCUAUUGACGGUUUCCUUUGCCUCGUCUCAGGCAUCAAGACCCUUACUCUCGACCUCACGUACGUCAAAGCUCUACCGGCCGCCGCAGGUAUCGUGCGCCACAGCAAGACACUGAAGAGCCUCAACGUCCACGCGAGCACCGGCCCAGAUAUGUGCGACGAAGAACUCAUCUACGACUACGCCUCGUUUUCUUCCAUUUGCAAAGAAUGCACCCUCCUCGAACAAAUCUCCGUCGCCUUCCCCAGCGUCAGCGUCAUCCGCAGUAAAAACGAUAGUUUUGUCAACUUUGAGAACUGUCUGGGUGAUCUACCACAAUUAGCAACUUUGAACAUCACUACCUGGCCUACCAACAGUCCUUCAUCGACUAAGCUGCCACGCAAGAUUUACGAACAUUUGCUUGCUGGGUUGGCACAGCAGGGAUUUGAGAGGAGCGCAAGUAAUGCGAAGGAGAAGAGCAGGAGUAGUAAGUUGGGCAUUAUUGCGUUUGGGUCAAGUGACAAGGUUUAUGAUCGGGAGGAUAGUGAGAACCAGAUCAUCUUUGUCAAAGGCCGCCAAAUCGAUCCCCUAGGCAAUGAGACUUCAACGGCGGUACAAAUCGGAUGGUGUUUGCGCAAAUUCAUCGAUGCAGGAUCCAAGUCUGAUAUCUUGGAUUUCUCGCUAAGUAGGAGUUCGAGGCCACCGAGUAGAAGCGAGCCAGGGAGUGAUGAUAGUGAUCUCUGA